GUAUAUACAGAAUGAAGAGUUUUCGAAAAUCAUUAUUUAUGGCAAAAUUAGGAUACAAUUUUUCAUAUUAAAUUAAUGUAUGCAAAGAGGAUAUAAGCCAACGAACACUAUAUCUGGAACUAGGUCUUAUAAAAACUUCCUUUGAAGUUUUUUUUUAUUAUUAUUACAUUUAUGUAUGUAAUUUGGAACUCUACUUUAAUAGAAUAGAUAAACAUAGCACUAUUUACAUUCAAGCUUGAGCAGGACAAUGCCGAGAAAACGUUGAUCGUGCUUCUUAAAGCGGGCUAUGAAAUUAUUAAAUUGUUGAAGAAUGCCGAAACGUGCGUGUCCAUUUGAAGAAGAUUUAUCACCACAGUUAAAGAUACACGUAGAAGAAAAACAUGUCAAUAAUGGCAUUUGCCAAGAGGAACGAAUGAAGAGCGUUUACGGUAGAACAAUGGAUUUAUUGAAAGAAGGUGUUAAAUCGUUAUCUCGUAGACUAAAUUCAUCUAUGGACAUGAAUUCGAUGGAUAUUCAUUCACCGAAAGUACCAUCUCCUCGUAAAAAUAAACAAGGACAUAAUUCGAAGCAAAUGGUACUAAACAGUAAAUUAGAAUUAUUAGGAACGGAUAAAGCUAUAAAGGAUGUUCAACCGAAGUAUGACCUUUGCGGAUGUACUCGUGUUAUAGAACAAAAUACACGUAAUAAAUGUUCUUACUGUGAUCAAGUUUUAUGUAAUUCAUGCUUGUUCGAGUGCAUCAGUUGUUCAGAACUAUUUUGUCAAAAUUGUUCUUUGCCAGUGUAUGAUCAUGAAGAGAAGAACAAGUGCCUUAAUUGUUAUAAAUAAUUUUUGGAAUACUUGUGUAUCAUCUUUUUGUGGUUCAUAUUUAUAUUUCGUGUUGUCAUUAUUUAAAUAUAUUUUUUUAUUACAAUCAAAUGAAAAGCAAGCUGUAUUUGUAUGGUUCUGUAUAAAAAAAGGAAAAACUAUCUUAUUAUAUUUUCCACAAAAUAAACAAAAUAUUUUGUAUAUGAA